ACGUCAGGGCGCGGGGCCGGAAGUCGAGCAAGGGGCGGCAAGGAGUUCUAGGGGCGGGAGGGAGGCCGUUGGGGUCGUUGAGGCGGCGGCGGUGGGGCGGAUCCGCGCAUAGGGGCUCCAGAUGGAAGCGGCGCGGGGUCCCGGGCCGAGGCUCUACUGCAAGCCUGGCGGGCGGCUGGACAUGAGCCACGGCUUCGUGCACCACAUCCGACGGAACCAGCUCGCCCGGGACGACUAUGACAAGAAGGUGAAGCAGGCGGCCAAGGAGAAGGCGAGGAGGCGUCACACGCCCGCGCCCACUCGGCCCCGAAAGCCCGACUUGCAGGUGUACCUGCCGCGACACCGAGAUGGCUCUACCCACCCAAGCAACGCAGACUGUGAGGAGUCCGGUGAAAGCAGCAGUAGUGGUGGCUCUGAGCCAGAGCCCCCUGGCCAUCAGCUCUUCUGCUUAGAAUAUGAGGCGGACAGCGGAGACAUCACCUCAGUUAUCGUGUAUCAGGAUGAUGAUCCAGGAAGGGUGAGCGAGGAGGUGUCGGCACACACGCCUCUGGAACCGCCCAUGCGCGAGGCCCUCAAGCUGCGCAUCCAGGAGGAGAUUGCAAAGCGCCAGAGCCGACACUGACAUCGCUGUGCAGGGAGCUGCCCCUAGUUUGGGGGUGCCAGGACCAGUCUGAGCUGAUCUCGAGACCCCCCCCACGCCCCAGCACUGCCACAUCCACAGGAAAAGGGUGUCAUAGGGACUGUGCCUGGCCACCUUCCUUGUAGCCAUUCUUUCUUGUACAUUGGCCCAUUUGACCAGCCUCAUAUUCUGGGAUUUUUUGAGAAUUUUGUUUGGUUAGCUUGGUGUUCUGGAAGCAAAGACUCCAGGGAGAGCUGAGGUUUAUGAAACCUUGUGCCAACGUGCCGCUUUCUCACCAGGUGCUUCUGCUCACUUCCAUCCAUGUUUUCCUAGAUCACCUUUUCAGGUCUGUUUCUUUGUUCUUUUUUUUGUUCAUCUUUCUGUCUCCCAGUCCAUCAGUUCUACCCCACCCCCAACCUCCCAGUGUGACUGCGCACCUACAGCUGCUCAGAACUUUGGAGGUGGGGUUUCUGGGGUCUGCCUUUCUGACAUGCUCUCCCAGUAAUUCUGGUACCAGACAAGGGAGAUCUUCUUCUUUGACACCUACUUGCAGGCAUGUCUCCCUCCCCUUCCAUGGCUUUUGCAGGUUUCUCCCAUGCUCCACCACUUCACACGGUCUAGAUAAGGAGACCUAGAAAGAUGAUGCUGGAACUAAACUGCAAGGAUUUCUCACAGCAAAACCUGCCUGGGUUAGGACUAGAGAAUUCCAGCUUCCAACCUCAUUCCUAGCUGUGAACAGACCAUCCUCUGCUCAGGCUAAAGGGGAAUUAUUGAAACAAGCCUGAAACUGUGUUUUCAAAUGUGAUUUAACAGUCUUGAAUGUACAUACCAAGGGAAAUUCAACAUUAGCAAUAAUUACCUGUUUGGAGCCCUAGUUGGGAGAAAGGGGGGAAAAAGGCCUGAAAAGUGCCCUAGAGGGAACAAACCGAGCCUCUUUCAUCUGCCCUUCCUCUGCUCUGUGCUUUCUCCUUUCCUACCUCCCAAGAGUAUAUAAAACUCCCAAGAGAUCCUGAGAAUAAAGAUCCCAGGAAUAUCACUGCUUUCACCUAAGUGAACAUUUUUCGUAACGCAGGGUUGGGCUCCGGUCUGAGAAAUCCACAAGCGAUCCCAUGCACUGCAGUUCCAAGCCACCUCAGUGUCCGGCAAAUGGGCCUAACCUCAGUGACUUGAAGUAUGGGCUUUAAGUGAGCCUGUGAGCACUGAGACUUCUUCAAACAGAAUCCCCCCUGCCCCAGAGGUUUCUCAUCAGGGUCUCAAGAUCAGUCUGGCUGGUCCCUCUCAGCAGCUUUUCUCUUAAAGGACACCCAAGGGCACUUUUGGUCCAUGCCCUACACCCCUGAAAAUCCACCAGCUCUGAAAUGGGGCAAGGCAGCUACUUCAACUACAUUAAAAUCCAGCAAGUCGCAGCUCGCUGGGAAGGUGAGUGAAGUGGAUACAUUAGAAGGGCCUGGUUGUGAAGGCAGCCAGGGACCAGCAUGCUCCUGGCCCCCAGAGCUGGCCCAAGGUUAAAUGCCUUAAACUUGCCAGUCCUGGGCUCAGUUCUGCUUUCAAAAGAGAAAGUCUGUCCUCAUUCAGCCAGGCUGGAAGUGCCUUUUGACUUUUAAGAUAACCUACCCUCCAGAGCCUCCUGGGCCAAGGAGACUACGCCAUACUCUAUCCCCAGUCUUCCUGCAGCUCAAAGCACCAGUCAUUUUAGUCUUCCAGGUCUUCAGCCGAUCUUCUGACUUGGAUGUAGAAAUUCACUGGAACUCUUAGGCUUCCUGGGAAUACUUUUGAGGUUCAUCUUCUCACAGCUGGACAGCCCGUCUCCUGGAUCUAUAAUAGAAUUUAGAAACAAGUCCAGAAGAGGAGGUUGGGGCAUGGCACCUGAAAUUGUAGCCUGCAUUCCUGUUUUGUGAGAGUUGUGUACCUGUUCUGUCCUGUUGUGUGUUUAUUGUGUAAUCCUCACUCUCAGGUAAGAGACUGAUGGGAACAUCUUGCUUGUAAACUCUUCCUUGAGGCACUUUGCUUUUAUCAAGUGCAUAUAAAAUAUUUUCCACUGAAGAAAACAUUCUAAUUCUUAGCUGAUUUAUGCCGCACGACUAUAUAAAGCACUAAGCCUGGUACUUAAAUGAGGCAUGGUCCUUCAGAGCAGGCCUAUCGGUGGCAGCGGUGCCAUCCUCCAGGCAUGCCUGAAGUGCUUCUCUGGUGAUGGUCCUCAGCCAAGUGACCGCCUUACAGCUCUGCUCCUGCUUCUGCCACACCUCACCCCAUCCAAGAUAGUCCUAGCCAGUGCAUUUACCGGACUUGCCGCUUCGAUGGUUUUCAGCUGUUUUCAAAUACCGGUGCUUCGCCAUCAGGGAGCAUGUCGCAGAGCAUUUCCCAGAGGCACUAGCGAUGUCCCAGAGAGGACUGGCUGGCGCUGCUUGGUGCAGUGGCAGCAGCAUUAGCCCAGCUGGGGCGCUUGGGCAGACUGCCUCAGAAUCAACACGCGUUUGACUAGUUAACGUUCUCGGCCGCCUAGAAAAAAGGUCUGGUAAACUCAUAGGCGUAGCUAAUGUUCAUCCAAAAUGAAGUGUUCUUCACUUGCUGAGGCUAAGCCUUGGAUUUUAAGGCUUUGUGUUUCCUGGGCCACAGUGGGUGAUUACUAACAGAAGGAAGCUGGGGUUUGCAGGGCUUUGGGGCUGUGGGAGAGUUAACACUAAAGCUUGAGUUAGAGCCAGUUGGCAAGUAUGGAAGUCUUUGAAGAAUGUAAUGCAAGAAGGGAAAAGGCGAAUGUAAAGCUUUUUGUACUGAGUGAGCGUGGGAGCCCAGCCAGCCAGUAGGACCAACGUGGGCAACACAAAUGCUUCUCCCUGGGACUUCCCUGCUGGUCCAGUGGUUAAGGCUGCGCGCUUCCACUGCAGGGGGUGUGGGUUCCAUCCCUGGUUGGGGAACUAAGAUCCCACGUGCCACAGCCAAAAAAAAAAAAGCUUCUCCCUGUGGACGAGCCUCUGAAAGGGAUAUCCCAUCUCCAUUGUUCCACUGCGAGGGGCGCUGCCAUCUAGAGAUCAGCCCUCGAAACUGGAAGAAACUCUUUGGGGUGGUGGGUAUCCAGUUUGCUGUGCAUCUGGCAGGAUCUGUGGAUGGUAAAGUAGAGAUCCCCAGCCAGUUCACAAAUGUACAUGAAGCAUUUGCAAAUAGAAGGAAAAAUGAUAGAUUACUUUCCUACCUCUGAGCCAUCUUUGUGGGGAGAAGCACCAUGGAAUGUUGACAAUUAUCUGAACCAUUUUAAGCUCCCUCCUUGAAUUCCUGUCCUGUCCCUGAGGAGUCAAAUGACCAAGAAGCCACAGGCACCCACCCCAGAUUUCCCCAGGAGGUGGAGUGAUGCCAGAAGGGAAAAGUGAAAGGCUCCUCUGCCUUCUCAGAGCCAUCAGAAUGAGACUGGUUGGACUGGUUGUGUCAUGUUAAAUGUCUAAAAAGCCAUACAUUCUUGUGUUUUUUCAUUUCCAAUGUUUCUGCUGUGUGGAUGAAUAAAGUGACGUGUGCAAAUUAUUUGAAAGUCCUGGAAGGAAGGUACUUUUUAAAUACAGUAUUCUUUUUAACCAAUAAACUUAUAUUUUUAUAGCACU